AUGACUCUAACAAAGGUCAACUUCAUCACCGGCAACAAGAACAAGCUGGUCGAGGUCCGCGCUAUCCUCGGCAGCGUGAUCGAAGUCGAUAACCAAGAAGUGGACGUUCCCGAGAUCCAAGGCACGAUCGAGGAAAUCGCUAAAGAAAAGGCGAAGCGCGCAGCUGAAGCGAUCAAUGGGCCCGCUUUGACUGAGGAUACGGCUUUGGAAUUCCAUGCUCUUAAGGGCUUGCCGGGUCCGUAUAUUAAAUCUUUCAUGGAGUCCCUCGGUCAUGAAGGUCUGAACAAAAUGCUUGAUGGCUUUGAGGACCGUGGUGCUGAGGCUGUCUGCACUUUUGCUUUCUGCCGCGGACCUGGAGAGGAGCCUAUUAUUUUCCAGGGUCGGACUGUUGGUAAAAUCGUUCGUCCUCGUGGCCCAACUAAUUUUGGUUGGGAUCCAAUUUUCGAAUACGAAGGCCAGACAUAUGCGGAGAUGGACAAGGAAGCUAAGAACAAGAUCUCGCACCGGUACAAGGCUCUGGUUAAGUUCCAGAAGUGGUUGGCAGAGGGCCAGCAGUAA